UAACUCUGAGUCAGCAACAAAAUAGCUACAAGCGUUGAAAACGUAACAUAAAGGUCACACAAGUAUAAUGAUAUAACAAAUCUAUUCUAUGUCUUUCCGUCCAUAUUUUCAUCCAGAAUGUCCAGUACUUUGCUUGCUCUGAAUAUAUAUAAGAGGUAAUUUUACAGGUUGGUUAGGCGGUUGUUGUUAAUUUUGCACGGUGUAAGUAAACUAAUUGGUUAUUUUGGAUGGAAAUAUGGCUAAUAAAGAAGAAUUUUUUUAUUAUUAUUUGAUGAUAAUGUAUAUGACCUUUUUAUUACGUUUCAAACGUCUCUAACCAUUUUGUUACUGGAACCUAUGUGACCAUUUUUAUUAAUUACCCUACAAAUAUCGGUAACACAUACCCAGUCCUGCCCCAACCCCAAGCUCUGAUUUUGUAUUAGAGGUUGAACUAUUUGAAAAUCUAAAAAGAUUGUAGCAAAAUUGGUACAAAGAUCGCUUAAAAACUUUGUCAAUAAAACUCAAUUAAUUUCUCUCCCCGCUUCAAAUCAACUGUUCACUCCCAGCUGUUUAAGUUUGGACUAAUCGUACUAGUAAUUUCAAGGACCUUAAACUGGGACUUGUUUAAUCAAUCACCAAACUCUUGUUGUGAUUGCAACAAGUUGGAUUAUGUACAACUCUCAAUUAAUGGAGAGUUAGAUUAUGUGAACUAAACUAAUAACACGACAAGUAAAAGGAUUGUAGGCUUAUAGAAUCCAGGCAUUUCCCGACAGAAAAUUAGCUGGCAAAUUAACCAUUUUUUUAUUAGUGCAUCUUAUAAUGUAAAAAUCAUGGCCGGCUACGUCAUUUAAUUUGAGCAACAACAACAACAAAUUAAUUUACAGCACUCAGACAAAAUUAAAAAUAAAAACCACAUCGAAUAUUGGUUUAUAAAUAAUGGACAUUGGUUGUUCCACCAUUUGUCUCUCCAUCCUAACUCCAACUUCUACCACCGCUAGCCUUAGCUAGCCACAGCCAAAAACCCAAACACAUUACUUGGAAGAAAUUGAGAGGAGACGAAGAAAGCUAAAAGAUAUAGAGAGAGAGAGAGAGUAAAAGCUAGCUACAAGAGAACUGAGAUCUCACACAUGGAAAUGACGAUGUUGGUGAAGAAUGAAGAGUUGUUGGGGAGCCGUGGCGGCGGCGGUGGCCGAGGGCUGUCGCUAGGGGGUGAUGGUACUGGCGCUGAUCAGGCUCACCGGACGGCGGCGACUCGGUCGGUGAAGAGGAGGAAGAGAGAUCAAUCUGCUGCUUCUGCUUCACCUGCCGGGAGCCAAAAGAGUGAUGGGAGUACUCCUCAAAGUAGUGAUGGCCAACAGCAGCAGCCGUCUAAUUCCCCUGCCUCCACCGUUAAAAGAAGCUCCAGGUUCCGCGGUGUCAGCAGACAUAGAUGGACAGGGCGAUUUGAAGCACAUUUGUGGGACAAACUGUCAUGGAAUGUCACCCAGAAGAAGAAAGGAAAACAAGGAGCUUAUGACGUUGAAGAAGCAGCAGCUAGGGCUUACGAUUUGGCAGCACUCAAGUACUGGGGACCCUCAACUUUCACCAACUUCCCGAUAUCGGAUUAUGAGACGGAGAUCGAGAUCAUGAAAACAGUAACUAAAGAAGAGUACCUGGCCUCCUUAAGAAGAAAGAGCAGCGGCUUCUCUAGAGGCGUAUCCAAGUAUCGUGGAGUUGCGAGACACCAUCACAAUGGAAGAUGGGAAGCCAGAAUCGGGAGAGUUUUCGGCAACAAGUAUCUUUACCUCGGCACUUACAGCACUCAGGAGGAGGCCGCCAGGGCUUACGACAUAGCAGCAAUCGAGUACAGAGGGAUCAACGCCGUCACAAACUUCGACCUGAGCAGCUACAUCCGUUGGCUCAAACCCGACGUCGCCGCUCAAGUCGCCGCCAAAGAACAACAACAACACCACCAACCACACACAAUAAUCGACUCACAAGAACUAGUACUCAACACCACCAACAACAACAUCCCAACAACAAUAACCAACAACUUCCUCCACACUUACGACCACAACAGCAACAAAUCCUCCUCCUCAUCAUCACCACCACCACCGUUCUUCCACACCACCACCGCUCCUCCGUUCACCGCCGAUUACUUCGGUGGCGCGACGGCCAAGCAGACGGAGCUUUUCCAGGACUACCUCAGCUCGCCGACAAAGCAGCAAGUUUUCCAGGAAGCUGCCAACAUCAACAACAACAAGAGCAGCUCUUGUUCGUCCACGUCAUCCGCCAUGUCGGGAGGCGGCGGCGCACCGUCGGCGCUGGGGCUCCUGCUGCGGUCCACCAUGUUCAGGGAGCUGGUCGAGAAGAACGUCGUCUCGGAGGACGUCGACGUUGGGAGGAUCGGCGGCGGCGGUGGAGGGCACGUGAUGAACGGCGGCGGUGGUCAUGAGGAUGACUACGGAGGGAUAUUUUACGAUGGGAUCGGCGAUAUUCCGUUCGUUUACUCUUCCAAUAAUGCCAAGGAUGAUGGGAUUGAGCUGCACGAAAGGGAGCUCCAGUUCAUUUUCUAGGGAUUACUUGGCAAACAAGAAAAAGGACGUCGUGGGAUGAGUACGUAGUGACUAGUGUGCAUGCAUGGGAACAAUACGAGCAUUCUGAUGAUGACGUGGAGCGAGCUAGCGUGUUCUUUCCUCUCCUAAGAGUGCCUCUUUCUGGACAAAGAAUAAAGAUGGGGAGGCAUUUGAUGGAUUACUGAUGAUGAUGAGGUAGGAAGCAACGUCGACGCAGGUUGUAGUAGUAGUUUGUUGAAGAUAAUUUGGUCAGUGCUACUUAAUUAGGGUUAAUUAACGACUUCUAUAUGCUAAUAAUUACUGUGGAAUAGUACUGCGAAAUUCCACAUGUGUAAUUCAUAGAAAUUAAUAACUAUCAAUCUACAGAGGAUUGCCAUCGGGCGCUCCUUGUUCUCUUGUUAAUUAGCUUUUUUUUCCCGUAUAAUUUAUAUGGUGCUUUUCUUGUUAAUGAAUUCAACGAGAUCCAUAUUGAUAAACGAUAGUUGUCUCUGGCGUAUUUUAUCAAACUUGAAGACGAUAAUGAUAUUCUAUGAAUAACUAUUUUCAGUAUCAGCAUUCAGAAAAUAAUCCAUUUAUAACUCACUGAUAUCAUGAAUAAAGAUUCUGAGUAUUU